GUUGUUCCUUCCCAUACCCAGUUUGAUACGCUGGGCCAUGGAUGUCGUUACGAAGGUGGAAGGCUGGAUCACUAAUUGGAGCAAAGAGGGAGAGUCCGAACUUCGAAAUUUCCUCAUUUCACCCCACUCGAAUCCUUCCGACCUUAUUUGCGCAGAGGCUCUCACGACUGCUUACCAUGCCCUUCUUUUGUCUGUCCUCACAACCUGGCAGCCCAAGCAGAAUGCCUUAAACGCGCAGGCUUUCGUAGCCUUCAUCCAGUCUGUCCUCCUUGCGCUUCCGUCCUCCUCCUGUGCACGUGCAGGUCCACCCGUACAAAAUAUUGUAUUCGGAGAGAUUCUUGUGGAUGUUCUAUGGGCUACAGAUGCUCAGCUGGAUGAGUUCUUGGCAGACGCGAAGUCUGCUUUGGUGGGCUCUGAGCAAGCCUGUGGAGGCCAACAAGUAAAGGACACCCCCAAGAAAGACACUACGGAUGGUGCAGGAAAGGCAGCUCUGCUGAAGCAUUUUGUCGAACAAGACAAGGAAACCUUAAGCGAGCUCGUCAAAAGACUUCUGUUCACUGGCAUCGUUGAUCUCGCCGUAUGUCGAGAGCGCCUUGACUUGACUCUUCUUGCAAGUGCCGGUCUAUUUUCGGAUAGAAUGGCGUUUGAUAGGAAAGAAAUACGAACUCGCACUGGGCUCUUCUAUAAGCAGAACAAGUUUAACCUUCUACGUGAACAGUCCGAAGGUUACAGCAAGCUUUCGGUGGAGCUCACGAGUUCCUUGGGUCCUGCACACUCACAUGCCGAUGCUAGGCCGACCGUGCGCGCCAAGUUUGGGAAAAAAGUCAUCAGCCUCAUUGGCUAUUUCGACCUCGACCCAAAUCGUGCCUUGGACAUCAUCUUGGAUGUAUUGUCAGUCAACGUGGCAACCCACUACACAUUUUUCUUGGCGUUGCUCUCAUUUUCUCCAUGGACCGGACUGUAUAGACGUCCUGCAAUGUCCACUGCUAGCCGCAUGGCCGUCGAUCCCGUUACCGAAGAGUUUGGGGCUAAGAGCCUGGACGAAGUGUUGCAGAUCACCGAAGCAAAUGCUAGCGAUCAGUCGACACCACUAUCAGAAAAUGAUCGUGGCACAGAGUCUCGAGUGCUAGCACAGGUGCUUGGUUUCAAAUUCUCCCAUUACCAGUCCUCAGAGACCCAUGAACCGCCCCUGAGGAACCUCUAUUUAACUGCUGCCAUCUUGAUCAGGGAGGGUUUUAUUACCCUUACUCCAAGGGAUGUGGACAUUGAAACAUAUCACAAAGAUUAUCUUGCCCAGGUUCAGCAGCGCAUUUCUGAUGCUAAGACUAGUCAGCUCGCGAUGGCAGCUCCUUUGGAAUCUUCUAGCUCAAGCUCGCAACCUCGUGUAGAACCUACGGAGGUCAAGAAGAGCGCCGGCGAGUCCAAACCUCCUAACCAAAUCGCUGGGCUGGUCAACAGCCUUCUCUCUGUAGGAGCCUUACGCCCGGCGAUCGCUAUUCUGACGAGGAUUCCUUGGCUUGUUGACGCUCACCCCGAGUUGGCCGACCUGAUCCUGAGGACUCUGAAGUAUUCCAUUGCUCCUCUGUAUGAUGCAACAUUCGUCCUCAAAGAACGCAAUCCGAGUUUCACGCAACCUCGUACACGGUUCAGCGCUACUGGAAUACCGGCAGUUCCAAUUCGUAAAUAUCAGCUAUCCUUAAUCGCUCCCACUCCUCCCAGCACUGCGUCUGUUGAUUUCGUCUUUUUCUUUCCCGACUGGACCCAGCGCAUCCCGCUUUGCACUUCCUUCGACGACAUGGUAAAUGUGAUCGAGCCUUUGAUGGGUUUCAUUGGGCUGCACGUAUCGCGCGACGCCUUGUUUGUUACAAAAAUCACAAGGUUGGGGCGCUCACAGCUGUUAUCAACUAUUCCCUUGGAUCCAAUUUCCAGAAAACCGUCAGGUGAACCCGACUCGAACCAUCCCGUUCGACAGUUCUGGUUCAAGCUUCUUCGGUUGUACUUUCUUCCUGCGCUCCCUCUCAUUCGAGGCAAUGCAGUUUGCACUGUCGACAUUUGGAAUGUCAUUCGACAGUAUGAGACGACUGCAAGAUGGAGACUAUACGGAGAGUGGAAAUCUAGCUACACGUCUCAUCCCGAACUUCGCAUCCGACAAGUGCAAGCUGACCGUGAAAGCAAAGGCAUUUUGCGACGUCUAUCGCAUAAUACAAUUGAGACGCUAUCUGGAACAGUGGCGAAACUGGCUCAUUCGAAUCCCUGUAUCUUCUUCAUGAACGCCGUCAACCAGAUCAUGGCAUACGACAAUCUUGCCAAUGUCGUUAUACAAGCAUUGCGAUAUGUCACCAAUAUGGGAUUUGAUGUGCUUGUGUAUGUCAUCCUUGAGGCUCUAUCAAAUCCAAAUAAGAACCGUGUCAAGGAUGACGGAGUCAACACUUCCGACUGGCUCCAAAGUCUGGCAUCCUUUACUGGCAUGCUUUUCCGGCGUUAUAGCGCUGACCUGUCGCCCUUGUUGAAAUACGUGGUUCACCAGCUGUACAAUGGCCAGACAACGGAGAUUGUCGUACUGCGGGAGCUGAUUUGGAAGAUGGCAGGCAUCGAACCUCUUCCGAGCCUUUCGGACUCGCAAAUCGCUGCGAUGGCCGGAGGACCUGCUCUGAGAAUUGAAGCCGUUGCCUCAACGACUCGUGGCGCUCGCCUUGACCCAGGUGACGCUGUCCUCAAAGGCCCACAACGGCUCGGGAAGACCAUGUUAGAGACGAAUUUAGCACUACCUCUCCUUAUCCAAGUGGCACAGCAGAGGCAGUCCUGUGUUUUCAAAGCUCCUGAUGCUCACUUGAAGUCUCUCGCUAGUUUGUUUGAUACUACUCACGGUGUCCUGCUGCAAUAUCUGGAUCUGCUUACCUCGCCAGCUGUAAUCUCGCCCAAGGACUAUGCAACGCGGAUCCUACCUAGCCUUGCAGAUCUUGGGGAGUUGUACGGGAUAGCGCCUCCUAUCUGCAUGCAAAUCAUACGACCUAUGCUGAAUGCUACGAUACUGAGUGCUGCCCAGGAGAAGGAACGACUUGCCAAUGAGGAAGCGGAAAAGAGGUUGAAAGCACGUCUAUCUGCGGCAAAGCGCGAGCCUUCCGCCGCUACCCCUAGGGUGGAUUCACCCACUGGCGUAAACGGAGCCAACACUCCACGAGACACUGGUGAUCAGAAGUCGUCAGCCGACGGUGUACCAGAAGAUGCAGUGAUGGAUACCGAAGUGACUACGGCGACUCCAGCUCCGUCCGAGAGCCCCUGGAUACCGGAUCUAGAAGCUCUUUUCGACGACGUUAAGCAGAUUGCCAAGAACAGUGCUCUUGAUGUCAUUGGGCCUGGUUUUUACCUAACUUUCUGGCAACUUUCCAUGUAUGAUCUGGCGCCUCCGGCAGCCCGGUAUGAUGAGGAGUGUGCUGCUUUACGGACACUCAGCCGUCAAGAAGACUCCAAGUACAUAGCGGCUGACCGUUCUGCGGACAGAACGAAAAGGCUGUCAGCGGGCUCUCAUCGGGCUAAACGAGACAGAUACAAUGCUUUUGUGAACACUCUUGCUCAGGAGUUCAAAGAACAAACUGCCUCGAGAAAGCAUCAUUGGUUCUCCCACACCGAACAUCGCUCAUCGGUCCUGGCUUCUGCGAUUAUCGAGCAUUGCAUUCAACCGCGAUGCCUACUAUCGCCCAUGGAUUCAGACUUUUGUGCACAAUUCAUCAAAGUUAUGCACACACAAGGGACUCCAGGGUUCCCUACUCUAGUGGUAUACGACAAGUUGCUUGGGGACCAUGUGAAAGCUGUUGUCUUUUCCUGCAGCGAAUACGAAGCCAAGAACUAUGGGCGCUUUUUACUGGGGAUAUUGACAGAUCUCUGGAAGUGGGCUCAAGAUGAGCAACUCUUUUUGAUGGAGAAUCGCACAAAAGUUGGUGGAAAGACUAUUCUGCUUCCGGGUUUCCAGCAUAGAUGGUCAAAUAAAGACCAUGGCAGUAUUGCUUCCGAGGACCUUCUGUCAUGGACUGGGUUCAAGCAGAUUCUCCGUAAAUGGCAUCGAAAACUGGGACGGAGUCUUUUGAGCUGCAUUGAGACAACGGAAUUCAUGCACGUCUACAACGCUAUCAUUGUGUUGAAAGAGAUCCUUCCCGUUUUCCCCCUUGCUGCAGUGGGCGACGCUGGACCUGCCAUCGACACCAUAAUGGAGAAGUUCCUGGAAAAGGAAGAACGCGGUGACCUCAAGAUUCUAGGCCGAGCAACCUUUUCUAACGUUCUUUCUACACAGUCUAAUGGAGAUCCCAUGUCGCCGAAGCCAGCAAAUUCGACAAGUAAUCUUCCUGAGAGGCAAACUCGCACCCCGGCUCCCCCUAACGGUGCUGCAACGCCUGCGGCAGAUCGAGUUAGCACUCCGGUCCCUCUCAACUCACUUCGUGCCAAUGGAGCGGUCUCACAAGCUAUCGUCGAUCGACCCUCCACACCAGCAACGUCCACCAGGUUAGCCAUCGACAGUAUUCCACGGCCAGAGAAAGUGAGGCGAGUACGACCUGAGAAGGAUAGCGAAUCGCCAGCUCCUGAUGGUGAUGCCAAGGGUGUUGCGAAGUCCGAAGCGAUGGAUAUUGACGCGCCUCCGAAAGAACUGAAAUCAACGCAAGCUCCACUCUCCGAACACAUUCUUCGCCCUACCCCUCGUCUCCACCAAGGUUCCUCCCAAAAUGCCCUUCUGUCUACUCUGUCUACUCCGACUGCCAAUCCUAAGGAUGCACCCAAACUUCAGCGGCCAUCGUUGUCUGGUUCUGCGCCAAAUUUGUGGGAACCUCCGCACUCACCACGCCCUAGAGCUGAUGAGAAGCAGACACAGCCGUCCCCAAGUGAGGCUAUGCCACCACCAUCUGCUCCAAGCCAGACGAUCUCGGCGCAAGAGCUGCGCGAGACUGCCAAACAGAGUAUUGGCAAUCGCCCACCAGAUCGGGCCGAUGAUAAGCGAUCUCAACCAGGCUCCGGUGCCCCAUCACCAAUUUCUCGUCGCCGCACUCCUUCUCCUCCACCUCGUCCUGGUACAAGAACUCACAGCAUGGAGAGCCGCGGUAGUGGCCGACGUUCUGACCGUGGAAGUGGCGAUGGUGAUCGUCCUGAUGACAGGCCAUCUGACCGUGAGGCUCGGGUGGAGCCUCGUGCACCUACAGGGCGUAAGGACGCUGCCACGCACCUCCGAAGUGAUAGAGGCACCCGAGAGCGAACAUCCACCCGGGACAGUGAUCGAGACAGGGAGAGCGAAAGAGACAGAGACUCUCGCCGGGACAGACAUGGUGAAAGGGAUCGCGACAGAGAUAGAGAGAAGGAGCGGGAUCGGGACAGGGAGAGAGACAGGGAGAGAGAAAGAGACAAGGACAAAGAUCGUGAUCGUCGUGACCGAGACAGAGAGCGUGAUAGGGAUCGCGACCGUGAUCGCGACCGUCACCGCCGAGAUGAGAAGGAUCGUGACAGGGAUUCGAGGAAAGAUCGCGAGGUUUCCGGUCGUGGUCCUACUUCCGCAGCAGCUUCUGCCUCCCUGGACACUCGUAAUUUACCCACUCGUCCUGAUCCCACAAGGCACAGUAGCCGAUCACAAGUGGGCGAUGACGCACUCGGCAAGAGGAGACGUCCUAUUGAUGACGAGGCUGACCGUAAUACCAAGAGGAGCUCCCGUAAGGAGGGACAUCGUGAAGAUCGUACCCGCAGGUCAGAGAAGGAGAGUCACGAUCGACCUCGAGAAACCGAUCGGCGUCGGGAGCGAGAAGCACCUGAAGCUGAACUACGCCACCCUCUAUCUGAACGACCUAGCGAGAAGCGAUUACCAGAGGGUCCUAAAAAUCUACCUCCUAGUACACCUUCUGCACCACGGGCGAUGGCAUCUGGGGAUGCGUCCAGAGCUAAACCCGAUAUUCCUCCUAGCCGAAGUGGUGGGGACUGGAAGGGUCCGCGUGACCAUGGCUCACACACGUUCCCGGCCUCCACCAGUGGCGGGCUGAGCCAGGACGUGGCUCCAAGUUUACGUUCGCGCAUUGGCGACAAAGAGCCUCCCCGCACUCCUCAAGCACCGUACCGCUCUGAAGUUCCGCAUAAGGACGACGACCGCGACAACAGAAAACGAACUCUAGCAGAUCGCGAUAAAGAUGUUGGCGAGGCCGCCAUCUCCGCUGCAGGAGAACUCUCGUUACAGCCUCCGAAGCGGCCACGAAUUAAUCGUAAUCGGUACAAUGCCCAUGCCCUCCAGACUCACGGUUUAGCCAAAAGGACCUUGCCUAUAGAUCCACAGGCUGGGGAUAAGUCUCGAUCAACACGUUAGCGCGAGGUCCCUUCACUCCAGUUUACCCUGCUAUCUGAGUUCUGCAGUAUAUAUCGUUACAUUA